UCCGAACCCCUUCAAAAACCCUAACCCCUUCAAAUCCACUCCCUUUCUCCACCACCGAAGAACUCCAUUUGAUCCUCCUCAGGGACGAGAGCGGAUGGAGGGUGUUCGGACCCUCUCCAUCUCCGACCUUCUACACUUCUCGCGUCCUCUCUCGGGCGCCGCCUCCCUCGGCUCCGCUUUCUCCCCCCCUUCCGCGCCAAAACGACCCAGGCCUGACGGCCCCGACGAGAACCCCAUCGAACCUCCUUUCGUCUCCUCUGUUCAAAACCCUGACCCUGGAAUCUUCUCGCCCCUGGGUCACCCCGUGCUCCUCAUCGGCACCAUCGACCUGUUUCCGGAGGAUUCUGACCGAUCUCUCGGCUGCCUGAACCAUUGUCUCUCGUUCUCCGAUGGCUCUUUGAGAAUCUGUUGCUACGUUUUGGACUUCGAACUCAAGAUCAUCGGCCGGAAAGUCCAAGUUUUGGCGUGGAACUUCCUCCCAUUUAAGCACGCAAGCGGCGGUGUUCUUGAGGUGAUUCAGUGGAGCCUCGCGGAAGUUGAGACGGCAUCGGAUUGCGACCCCUCACUGUCGAUUCCUUUGGGCUGUUCGUUGCAAGAAACCGACUUGAAGGCUCGUGGUCGUGCCUUUGGCAUUCUGAGAGCGGUCAGCCCCAUCUUCCGUGUGCCUUGCGUGAAAGGAAAUGAGGAUAGUCAGAAGAAUUCCAGUGGAAUCCUCAUGGAUAGCGGGAAUUCAAUAGGUUUCUUUGCCGAGGUGCUUACCUGUGGCUGUGAUCGUUGUGGAGGUUCUCGUUUUCUAGAGCGUGGCCCUCACCCUCACGAAGACAAUAACAUACAUUCUUUCACCAAUUCAGUGUUUAUUUAUUUCAUCAAACCUACAUAUCUAUGGCGCCCAGUGCUCUUUAGGCUGAUCGGGAAGGCAAUUAUGGUUUCGAGGUUGAAGAGGAAAUUGGUCUUUGUUGGAGGUAAGGAAUCAUAUCUGACGUUUGUGUCAACACCGCUAACUAUGGUGUCCUUGAGUCAGCUUCCUACAGUGAGUCCGGUGAAGACUGACGAAGGCAUGUAUAAUGGAGUUGUUACUGGAAUUUACAUGAAUGGCAUGGUGGUUGAAUUGGAUGAUAAAGUCUGGCUUUUGAUUACUGAUUCAGUGCUUGCUCCACAACAUUCUUUGAGGGUUGGCGCUAUUGUUUCUGUUAUGAAUUAUCAUUUGGUUCAUGUUAAUUAUUCUUGGCUGAAGACCUUCCUGCUUGGGACGUGCCUCAGAACAUACAUUAGCAUCAAAUCCUUCUCCAUUGCUGACAUCAGGUAUCACUUUAAAUACGAGUCCAACAGCCUACUGGAGAAGUUCAUCGAAUCUCUACUCUUUUCUGCUAAAUUUUGGGUGUUACUUUUGGUCUCUUGCUUUGAGAAAAAAUUUGCUGGGAUAUUUUCUCACAAGGAUAUUUUGGGCUCAGAGAAAAAAGGAGUUGUACAAACUUAUGCAGCUAGAUGUUUGCCUCCAAGUGCCUUCCAAGUACAGCUUGGGUUGUUUAUGAAUUUCUGCAAACAUGGCCAAUGCAAUUUCAGAAGCGAUUUGAACUUCUCGUUCCUUAAAUUGGUAAUACCAAUAUCUAAUCUUACAAGGUGGUGCGAAGAAAUGUGGGUUUCAAUGCCAUCAGAGAGACAUGAUGAUGAUGAAAUAGUUGAGAUGAACCAAUAUUUAGACCAUUUCCUUCCCAGAGGAACUUUAUAUGAACACAUGAUUAGAAGAAUUAUUUCAAGUGAUGAUUUAGGCUUUGUUUUAAUGGGAGUAUUCAAGAUUUCUCAAUGUUCUGGGAGGUUGCAAUUGACUGAUGCAACGGGAAGCAUUGAUGUUGUCGUGCCAGAUUUACCAGUAGAUGUUGAUUUUCAGACCAUCUAUGAGGUCAAAGAUUAUAAACUUGUUAUGGAAGGUUCACCACACCAAGUAGAUCAUCUGCAGUGUCAUUUUGAUGGAUCACUCUCAUGCAGGGCUAUAUUUCAGCAUUUCUCUCAUAAGGAAAAAUCUCAACUUGCAGUUUAUGUUCACUUCUAUGUCAGGGACAUAACCUGGACUAGUUUUCCUCAUCAAAUUCCUUCUUACAUGGACAAGAAUCACGUCAAUUGCAGUAAUGAUGACAUGUUUCAUCUGUUUCUUGUUACUCACAAAUUUCCUGUCCAUCAGAGUCUUCAAGAUGAUCUCAGUUUUUCAAACAGCUCUGGUUUGUUUGCUGAGGCUUUGAUAUUGCCUUAUAAUUUGAUACCUAUUGAGACAUAUGAACAUGGUGAACUUACAGAAGUUUUCCUCAACAAUCAAAAUAAACUAUCUGAUUGUACUGGUCAGCUGAAAGACUCAAUUGAAGGAUGGUCUAAACAGUCUAAACUUAUUCAAGCAUCAAAUAUUGUCCAACAUUCUGAUUCAGUGAAUGUUUCAAGAGAGUUCGAGAGGUCUUGCCACCUUUGUUGUUCACUCACAUUUAGAAGUAACAACUGUAAAUGGUCUCAGUUACCAGUCUAUCUAUAUAAUGCUAAUGGGAUUAUAAUGAAGGACAUAUUUCAUAAUCAGAGUGAUUCGAGGGUAUUGCUAGAAUUUGGAUCUAACAACUUUAGCAAGUAUCAGAUGAUUCGUGUAGGUUCAUAUUAUCUUCUGAAGUGCUCCAAGAAAAAUUUGCACUGCAAAUCAAAAGGCUGUGAACAUAUGAUACGUGGAAAAGCUAUUGUGAUCUCUGAGACAAGCCUCUGGAGUCUUUCAUUUUUGUUUGGUGAGGAUAAACAUCAGAGGAAAUCAUCUGGAGAUGACUGUUCUCGUGCUUCUUCAGUAAAAAAUAUUGAAGAUGGUCCAAACAAAUUUUGUCAGCAUGAGCAAAUGUUCCUGCAGUUCAUUGAUCAAACACGUCAACUUUCAGAUGUUUAUUUGCAUAUAUCUACUGAAGCAAUGACGCACUUGGAAGAAUUAGAGCCAUCACAACAGGGUUUAAAUAAUCUCCUUCGUUCUCUAGAUGAAAUUAAAAGUGUGUCAUCAUGCAUCCAAAACAUGAUGUCUGAGGUUGCUAUGCCUGCUGGAAUUAUUAAUCAACUGAACAACGAGUUGCCACAAGGAACUCAAAUAUCAUUAAAUGGAAAUGUUGAGAACUUUUUUAUUUAUGACUGCAGACCUAGAUCUUGUGUGAGCUCUAGUUGUGUGGCAAAUUGUAACCAGUGGAGUACAUGCAAAGUUUGUAUUUAUGUAACUGAUGAUUACAAUAUGGUGCGAGUUCGUGGUAGCUUAAGCAGAUAUGCUUAUCCUAUUGGAUUGGGACCCGGAGCAAAUGUGACCUUUCACAGAGUCCUUUUGAUGCACACUUCCAGCAGAUGGCAUGAGUUGAUGUUAACCCCAGUGUCUUUUAUUGUGGUUAACUCGGUAAAGGAACUUGAUAAUCAACAAACUGAUAGAAGUCCAAUACAAGAAUCCAGAUGGAAUAUUCAGUGUGAGGAAAUAUUAGAUACGAUUUCAUUAGUUUCAAUCUCACAGAUGCUGAAGUGUAUGAACAGUAAGCCAAUCCGGCUACGUUGCAGGGGAGGGCAGGUCGUGACUAUCGUUAUCUUAGUGCUGGAGAAUCAAACACAUGAAUCUGUUGAGCUGCGAUGUGGAAGAUUUUUCAAGAUGCGAGCAGCAAGUAUCCCACUAGCUGGAUUUUUAUUAGAUGAUGGUUCGUCUUUGUGUUGUUGCUGGGCUGACAAUGGUCGAGCUGAGGCACUGCUUAGGCUACAUGAAACAACUCGAAAGUCUUUCUUGACUAGCAGCAAGAUAUUGAAAACGUCUGGAAAUCAGGACUUUCAACAUGCUAUUGGUUACCAUCUUCAUAAGAUGCUAAAAAAGCAUCAUAGAAUUGUCAUUAGGAACCAUGGAGCAACAUCUGACUUGUCCUGUGAAGAUUUAACAUUUUCUGUUGACUCGCAUAAAGUUUUCAGUAAUGCAGACGAGAGACUUCUGAGGUCCAUCGUCCUCAACGCAUGUCAUGCAUCAACUCUUAAUGUUGCUGCCAAUUCAGUGGACUCAACUGCUUUAUUCUGUGGCAAUUUAUUCUGCGGUAACAAAGAGUUUCUCGAAUAUCAUCAAAAACUUCAGUCAAUGCCACAUUUGUGGGUUGGAGAAGUUGGCCAUGUAGAUUCAGUGAAAGAGGUUAGAAGCAUAUCCAAUAUUCUAUGCACUGGCUAGCAUCAAUUUCACUAUAUCUGGAGUUGUUGGUGGUCCAUGGUAAAGUGGAUUUGAUAGCUGAUUGAAGGAUACAGAAACAUCCAGAAAGUUGGCCUUCUGGUUCUUGGAGAGGCAGCUCACAUAUGGGAUUUUUCUUGCUUCGAAACCACCAUCCACAAACAUUGAGGUGUGCCAAACCCAAAGAUCAGUAGGUUUGGAGAUUUGUUGCAAGGUUGUAGAUCACCUCCAUCAUGCUGCUACAGAGUUAGCAAGACAAUCUUGGACAAGCUUUUGACCAUAUUCCUCGCCUUCUAUCUCUAGCCAUUUCUCAACUUCUAGGAAUACUGGGCACAAAUCCGGUAAUAAAUUUGGUUUUCAUGUUCAGAAUAUGUCAGUAGGUUAAGAAAAGGCAGUUGAAAAUGAAUUGGGGAUACUAUGGAUGAGGUUUAGUUGACAUUCUUCUACUUUUUUGCAAUGCUAGCUAUAUAUUUGUCUAGAUAGCUUCUUAUAUUAUCAAUCAGUUUUUCAUUUUGUUGUAGCAAAAUUAUAAUGCCACCUGGAAAUUCUUUUGUAUUGUCUUCUAAAUGAUGUUUAUUCUAAGCAAGUAUCAAAUCGUUUACCACAGUGGUUUAAAUAGGUGUCCGGGUGCUCGCCUAGGCACUUGGGUGAGGCGAGGUGAGGCUUGAGUGCCUCAAAGCUUGACUAAGUGGUGCCCUUUAGUGAAGCGUCGCCUGGGCACUUGCCUACUGAGCGUCUUGGGCAAGCGUCCAAUUGAAACAAAGCAACUGAACCAAACAAUCAAGUUUGGUUCGGUUGAACAAUAGCUUAGUUGGUUCGAUUAACCCAUGGGGCGCCUUGGGCAAGCGCCCGAUGGAAACAAAACAAUCGAACCAGACAAUCAAGUCUGGUUCGGUUGAACAAUAGCUUAGUUGGUUCAAUUGAACCAACUAAGCUAAAUAGUGUUGUUAAACUUGCACACUCAAGCCCCUCGCGACCUCCUCCUCCCCCUCGACCCCGAGCUAUAAACCCUACUUCAUGCGCAGUCGCUGACUUCGUCGUCAACGGACAGGUUUGAAGGUCUACCUUUCGUGCAUAGUUCCCUUCACCAUCGUUGCUUCCGUGUGCAACUCCUUCCACUAUUGAGGGAGAGGACCAAAGCUUCCUCCACCAUCGACAGAUACAUCCGAAGCUUCUUCCACCCACAACAUCGUCGUCCACAGCUUUCGUCGUCCGCUGCCACCAUCCGAAGCUUUCUCCGUUGUUGCUGCUGUUGUCCAUAGCUUCCUCCGUCGUCGCUACUGUCGUCUAUAGCUUCCUCUGUCGUCGUUGUUGUUGUCAAAAACUUCCUCCGUCGCUAUUGCUACCAUACGUAGUUUCUUCCAUCGUCAUUGUUGUUGUCCCAAUUGUUACCCUCUCUUUCCCCACUUUCCAUCGUCGGUAACUCUUUUCUCUCUUUUAAUUAUUAUUAACAGUAUAUUAAAUACUAUUAAUAGUAGAU